CCAUGUCAUUUUGGUUGAAAUAAAUUUUUUAAAUAAAAUAGAAAAAAAUAAUUAAAUUUUUUCUCAACAUGGAUUUACCCGAUGUGGUGUCUUUAAGAAAAUUUAAAGAUUUUUCUAAGCAACAGAAAGAGGAACUCUAUGAGACCUUAUUGGAACUUUCAGAGGCCAUAGAAGAAUUACCUAAGAAAUCAAUACGUAAGACUUUGGAAUUAACAUUGGCCGUUUUGGAAUACAAGGGUGAACAGGUUAGGAACUUGGAAGAACAAUUAGAAACUAAAGAUAAGGACAGUUUGGAAUCCCAAUAUGAUCGUUUAAUGGAUGAAAAUGAAAAGUUAAAACGCAUGGUAGCCAAUUUGGAGGAUGACAAAAUUGAGUUAAAACAUAAAACCAAAGAGUUGACUGAGGAAAUUUUUACUUUACAAAAACGUUUACGUGAAGCUGCCAAUGCUGAUGUCAGCGAUAAGGAUUCUUCCGAUCCCUUGUCUGAAUUGGAUAAACAAGAGACUUUGCUGCGCAAUAUAAACACAAAAAAUAAACAUAUUAAACGUUUGCUGAGAGAAAUCGAGUCUCUACAAAAUCAAAACAUCGAACAAUCCAAAACCAUAUUAACGUUGGAAAAAGACUUAAGACACAGUAAAGAUACGCUAUUGAAGCUUAAAGCCGAUCUAACUCUAUUGGAAAGUGAGAAAAAAGCACAUAAAGAGUCAAUGGAUGAUCUGAAUAUAGAAAUAAAACGUUUGGAAGGCAAUAUUACCUAUCUGGAAGAUGAACGUGAAAGAAGUGAAAACGAUUUGAAAGAGUUUGUAGAAAAAUUAGAGAAAAAGGCUUUAUCGUGGAAAAAAAUGUUGGAGGAAAAAGAUAAACAGUUAAAGAAAUACAAAAGCAAUAAAAAAGAAAUCAUAUCAAAUGAAGAUAGUCAGAAGGAAGAAGCAGAAACCAAAGAAGAAAGUGAGCCUUCAGAGGAACAGGAAGAGAUAAGUAAACUAAUGCAUUCUUUAGAAUCACGUGACAAACUUAUAGAACAGUUGGAGGGUAAAAUAAAAAUGAUGGCCGAGGAAAUGAUAGCCUCCACAAAACUUAUGAAUAAGCUAAGUGCGGAAAAGGAAGAAGAACGUAAUCCUCGCAAACCAAGACAAUGCUGCAAGUCAGUAGAGUUAGCUUUAAAAGCCAGCAAUCAAAAAUGUCAUGAACUUUCGGAAAUGUUGCAAAAAGCCGAAGAGGAAAGUUGCCUUAAGGCCAAACAAGCUAUGGAAGCAGUAAAAGCCUUAACAGCUUAUCAAAAAGGUGAAGAUGGUCUUAUGUCUGCCUUGAGAAAAUGUUCUUCUUUAGAGAAUAAAUUACAGUCUAGAGAUAAACAAAUUAGAGCUUUGGUCAUGGAAUUGAACUCCAUGCAUGAAAUAGCUCAGGAGAAUACAUUAUUAAGAAAACGUUUAAAUAUACCAGAAGAUGUGGUAAUAACAGCGAAAAACUUACAAGCCAAAGAGCGGAGUAAAGAGAAAAUGAUAGAGAAAUUAACUUUAAAAUUAAGGGCAUCAGAGGAAAUGCGUUUGCAAUUGAAAAUGGAAAAAUCGGAUUUAAGAAAACAACUUUUGCAAUUACAACAAAAUACAAAUACACCUUUGUCAGCUGAGGUAGAGGAGGAAGUCAGCGAUUUUAGUAAGACCCCUAUAAAAACUUCUUCGAAAAAGUCUUCUAAAGCUAAGGCUCAAUAUUAUAUAACAAGUUCUCCUAGUAAAGAAGUUGGUGAAGUGGAAGAUUCUUCUAAUUCAAGAGAAACCUCUUUAUUGGUAACUGCUUGUAGCCAGUGUCAGGGUAAUUUAAGAGUAGAACUACAAGAUUCAAACGAUCAUGAUUUACAAGCAAAAUAUCAGGAGAUAUUACAAGAAAAUGAAAUUCUACGGCAGGGUAUGUUGGAAAUUUUGGAAAAAUUAAGAGAGUAUGAUGAUUGUUCAGAUAACAUUACCAUCGACAAUGUAAUGCUUACGAGAUUAAUCCAAACUUUAAAAAGUUCCAAUUCACCCUUCGAUACUCCCAAACGUAUAAGAGAACAAUUGGCUUUAAUCAAGUCACGAGAAAAAGCUUUAGAAGAGCUUUUGCUUAAGCAGCAACCACCACAGCCAGAAGAAAGAGAAAUUGCAGCCGAAGAACUUAACUCCAUAGAGAGUAUGCGUGAAGAUGGUGAGAUAAGAGACAUAGAAGACCCAGCUUUACCAAUGCCCGAAUAUUUAGAUACAUCCACUAGACCUACUACGCCCAAUAAAAGUAUAAAUAUACCCAAUAUAGCAGAAGAGGAGGGUACUGCCGAAAUGAUAACUCACUCUCCAGAGCCAGAAAUAUCAGUGCCAGAAAAACGUCAACUUCAAAACGAAUUGGAAGAGCUUAAAAUCUUUAAGAAAUACUAUGAAGAACUUAAACUGCAUAUGAAUGCCAGUGAAAUGGAAAUUAUGCAAACUUAUGCCCAGCUAACCGAACAGAUUGUAACACAAGAGCAAGAGCUAAUGAGAGAACGCAAAAGUUAUGCUUAUAUGAGAGAAGAUUUUGAGCAUAAUCUUUCAGCUUUAAAACAAUUGGAAAUAGAGAAUAUUAAAAGCCAAGCCCAGCUAAAGACAGAAUUAUUAAAAUACCAAGAGGAAGCUGAAAAACUUAAACAAGAUUUACAAAAUCACAAAAAUCUCUAUGCCUAUACAACAGAAGACUAUAAAAGCUUACAGCAAGCUCUUAAUGAAAAUCAAAUGAAACUGGCUUUACUAACAGAAGAGCUUUUGUCGGGCAAGCAGGAUGUAAGCAUGAAAAUUCCCGAGCUUUGUUUGGAUUAUGGUAUAAUAAGAGAAGAUUUACAAUUGGAAUUUAUCACACAACAAGAGUAUGAAGAGCAAAAGCAAAUGGUGAAAGACUUUGAGGCACAACGAUUGGAAAUGCUAAGAAAAAAUACUCAAUUGGAAUCUCUAUUGGAAAUAGCUCAAGAACAAAUAUUAUCACAGCAAAGACUACUCAAUGAUAUAACCGAUAAUCAUGUUAGCUUAAGACAUCUAGUAGCCGAUCUACAAAGUUCUACGGAAGAGAAAUUAUUAAUGGCUAAAAUGCAAAGAGAUUUAGAUGCAGCCAAAAUGGAACUUAAUCAUAUAAGAAAUGAACGAGAUACACUAAAGCUGCAGUUUGAGAGUGCAGAACAGGAUUUGAUUAGUCGCAAUCAAAUGAUAGAGGAUUUAAACAAAAGCUUCCAAAUAGAACGCCAAAAUAAUAAUGUUAAAAUCAGAUUUCUACAAAAAUCCUUAUGUUGUUUAAAAGAGAAAUAUGCCAAAUUUACACCCUUGGUCUUCCUAAGCAAUUUUGUCUAUGCCUAUCAAAACUUUCUCAAAAAAAGUACUCAUUUAAGUGACGAUAAAAUAAAUCAAACUGAAUUAUUAAAUGGCUAUAUAGAGGAAGUUAUUAAAGCUGCCUUAAAAGAAUACAGUUUAGAAAUGGAAGAUAAUCAGAAAGUCAUAAAGCUGGUGAAAACAGAAACGCAAUGCAAAUUUUACGAGGAUCAGUUGAAACAAUAUGAAAAGAAAUGUUCCGAAUUGGAGAAGGAAUUACAUGAUGUAAAAUUAAAAAUGGCAGCUGAUGCAGAACACUGGCAUACUAUAGAGGCUUUAUUUGGUACAGGCAAAGCUGUGGAAAAGUCAGAUAAUGAAUCUGAAAAUAAUGGAAAACAGAUGGAGCAAUUAACCAAAGAAAUUGGCUGUAAUACUGAUAACAUUCCCAUACCAGCUGAAAGAAAGUUAUCAGCCAGUAAAUCACGUAGAGCUUCUAAGGAAUUUGUGGAUAAAAACAUGUCUCCCAUAACAUCUCCUAAAAAGAUAAAUCAGCAAGAAAAUUCAACACAAACUGAAAUUGAGUCUGUGGCAAUAAAUGAAAUUUACAAAGCAGAAGUGCGGGCUGAAAUUGAACAUAAAGAUAAGACUUUGGAUUCGCAGAUUAAGGAAACUAAACGUGGGACAUGUAAAGAAACAACUGAGGCUGAAAUCCAAACUGGUGGCGAUUUAUUGUCGCAAGAUUCUAAAGCUAUUCAAACUUUAGAGGAGGUGUCUAAGGAAAAGGAGGAAAUUGAAAAGAUGGUUAAAGAAAGUGUUCUGAAAGAAGCUUUGGAGAAGCUGAAGAAAACAGAAGAGAGUCUCUUACAAGCUGAACAACAAAUAGAGGUAUUACAAGAAGAAUUAAAAACUAAACUAAAAACACCUCCAAUUCCGGAGAAACAGGAAAAACCCUCAAGCUCUACAGAACAACCGGGGCAACCUUCUAGUUUGCAAACAGAUGUAAUAGAGAAAACCAUCAUAUCCUUCCAUACACUCCUAACCGAAAAGGAUAAGUCCAUUGGAAAAAUGCAAGAUAUUUUACAAAACGAAAGAGAACAAAAUCAUUUGAAUCUGAACAAAUUAAAUACAGAAAUUGAGGGUUUAAAGAGCACUAUUGUGAAUCUAAAUUUCAAUAUCAAAACAAAAGAUAUUGAAAUAUUAGAACUUAAAACAAAAAUGGAAACUCUUAGUGUCAGACGUAAUUCCAAUGAGAAAUUGGAAUUGGCAGCUAGAGGAGAGGAAAAUGUGGAUAAUAGUUUAAAUGAGAUGACCGAUGAAAAAAUCGAAGAAAUGUUUGAAGAGAAUACAGUGCCUUUGGUAAAGGCAACAACAGCUGAUGAAAGAGAUACAACGGCACCAGAGAAACAUGAAGUGGAACAUAAUAGGGAAAUACCCGUGAAUUUAUUGAAACAAUUAAAGGAACUUAAGGAAAAGGCCAGUUAUUGGGAGAGUUCCUUUAAGCUAAAGGAGGAAGAGAUACAGAUACUUAAGGAGAAAAUCAAAUUUCUACAAGAUCGGGAGAAAUCCACCAGCAUCACACACAAUCCAGAAAUGGAGCAGUUGCGUUCUUUAAUAGAAGAGAAAGAUAAACAUAUCAAUGAGUUAAUGGAUACCUUAAACAACUUCCAUGAUGAUCAACAACGUUAUAUCAACGAUUCCUCAAACUAUUCAGCCGAUCAAAUAGCCAAAUUGGCCAAUGAUUUAACACGCACCGAGGCCACUAAUAAAAUCUAUCAAACUCAAGUCGAAGCUUUACGAAAACAACUAAACAAUCUAACACAACGUGAAAAACAAGCUAGAGAUUUAAAUCAAUCUUUGCGCAAUCAGUUAAUAAAACGUCCAGUGGUCUCCAUUAAAACCGAACUAAAUGCUCGAGUUAAAAGUGAAAAUCUCCAAAAGAGAGUACAGCAAUUGGAGCUGGAUUUGGAAGAUGCCAAAGCAGAGAUACAAAGGCAAAAGGUUAUUAUAGAAAGUAAGAGAGCACGUAGUGCUAAUGAAGUUGGUUUGUGGGAGAAACAAAAACGAUGGCAACAGAAUGCGGAGAAAUUUAAAAGUAAACUAGAAGAAACCGAAACUUUGUUGGAGAAAACUCGCAGUCUUUUACAAUCUGCUCGCAACACUAUUAACCGUUUGGAAAAAGAUAAACAAAUUUUGGAGGCGAAAUUAAGUAGAAUAACACAACACAAUGUUCAACAUUCUAUGAAAUGUUGUCGCACUCCGUCCUGCCCGAAUUUACAUCAUCAAACCUCUAGUAUGGGUAGUGGUAACGGUGGCAAAUAUACUCCCUCUGAAAGUCCUGAAACCUAUACAGGAGCCAGCAGUGAAUGUAGUUCGCCGGGACGUAGUUCCUUACCACCACACUGCAGUAAAGCUCAUUUUAAUAAUGUUGCUUUACAAAAUCCUCAUAAUGAUAUCAUUGAGGCUUUAAAGGCACGCAUUGAAAUGCAACAGCGUAAAAUUUUAGCAUUAGAAUUGGAGGGCAAGGGUAGUAAUGCUUUAACUACCGAAAUGGAGAAGUUACAGGAGAAACUUUCUUCCGUAGAAGCUCAAAAUAUUCGCUUAGAAGCGAAAAAUCUUCAGCUACAAUUGGAUAAUGAUCUGCUAAGGCAGGGCGAUGGUACGGAACGUUUGCAGAAGCGUAUUAAACAUUUGGAAGACUAUAUAAUUGCUUUAAAAGAAGAAAGAGCCUCGGCUGAAGCACGCAAAGAAUUAUGCAAAUGUAGUGGUAUAAAACUAAACACUCAAAUGGGACAACCGGCAGAAACUACAAUAUUAUCAUUGAGAAAUUUGGUGGAAAAACUAAAAGCUGAAAAUAAAUAUUUAAAAGAUGGUAGAAGAUCAUGUGAAUCAAGAGCUUCCACAGAGACUGCUACUACUACUACUACCAACGACACUGCUCGUUUACAACAAAUGUAUAGCGAUUCAUUAGAGAAAAUUUCCACUUUACAAACAGAAUUAAAACUACAAACAAAAUGUCCUCAUUGCGAGAAUAAAGGUAGAAUGUUGAGUAUGGAUAUGCAAGCACAAGAUGAAUUGAAAUAUGUUAAGGAACAAUUGAUAAAGAAAUCACAAUUAUUACAAAAAGCUAAAGUUUUAUUAACACGAGCUGCCGCCAAAGAAAAGGUAUUAAAAGAACAAUUGGCAAUGUGGAAACGUAAAUGUUCGGAAUUACAAAAUGUGCCAGUGAUUGAUGAGAUAAGUGAAUAGUUUUUCUUUUGUGUGCAGG